CACUUAAUGAACAGGUCGUCAAUAAAGGUUAUUCUAUUUGUAUGGUAUGGUAUGGUCUUGUGGUGUAUAUUCUCGUGCCUCUGACACCAGACCAGACUGGAUUAACAAAGGUGGUGGCAGCCUAUGCUACCUUUUAAAUAAUAAAAAAGUAUAUAGGGAGAUCUUGAACUAAAGAAUAUUCCACUGUGUAUAUCUGAACUAAUAAUAAAAGCCUCUGAAUCAGUAUUUUAUGAAAUUAAAUUCCACUGUGAUCAAUGACAACACCUACUCCUGUCUGCCUUAUCUGGUACCUGCUUAACUGCAUAAAGGUGUUAACAUCAUCACCGAAUAGUCUGCAGAUACAGGACAUGUGUAAUAAUGAACAUCCGGUCUCGAGUGAGAUGCGCUUGUCAUCUAGAGUGAUUUUUUUUUAUUUUUAAUAUUUUUUAGAAUUUCAGAGAGACUCAUUAAAACCGUAACCUUGUGUUAAUAGUGUUUAUCACCACAGAAACAGUGUACAGAUGGUGUUUUUUUUAAUGGACCGGAAGUGUUCCUUUUGCUGCUGUUGACGGAACACUGUGGGAGGAGAGGCUAGAGACCACACAGACGGGAAGGUUGAACAUCGGAUCGUCAGACAGUCAGGAUAUGUCUGUAAGGAUGGAAAUGGAUAUCAGUGGAGUGUCCAGGACACAUGUCUCCAUUCUACCUGCAGCUGAGAUCAAAGCCACGUUGAAACCAGAAGCAGAGAGACCUCGCUGUGCCAGCACCCCAUGUUCACCCAUCAGAGGAACUGUUGCAGGAUACCAGAUCCUGCACAUGGACUCAAACUAUCUGGUGGGCUUCACCACUGGUGAGGAGCUGCUCAAACUGGCCCACCAGUGGUCAGAGGGCACUCCAGAGAAGGGCUCUGUAUCAGAGGCUGUAUCCAGCUCCAUUCAGAGUGCUGUCCCCAAGUCUGUGGACUUGGGCAUUCACCGGUCUUCACGAAUCUUCAAAGGCAAAAGUCGUUAUUAUCAACCCUAUGACAUCCCUGCUGCCAAUGGGCGGAGACGGAGACGUAUGCCCAGCUCGAGUGACACCUUCCUCAGGUCACUGGCUCAUGGAGAGCCUGGGAGGGGUCUGCAUGCUCCACUACCCAGAUGUCUGCUUAAAGGAAAGGGGGCCCAGUCCAAAUCUCUGGACUACCUUAAUCUGGACAAAAUAAGUGUCAAAGAGUCAUCAGACACUGAGGUGUUACAGUACCAACUGCAGCACCUCACCCUGCGGGGAGAGCGCGUGUUUACCAGAAACAAGACAUGAAAGUACAGUGAAGGGCCUUUUCAGUGGAAGGCGUCUUUCACCCUUUGGGGUUUUAGGUGCUAUUUUCAGCUUGGUUUAUUUCUACUCAGAUUAUAAACAGUUCUUUAAGAAGACAGUCUGAUAAUCUUGUUACAUCAUUAAGUGGGGGGUUUACCUUGUACUGUACACAUAAUAUUGUGAAGAAAAUCCUUAAAUUAGUCCUCACAUUAUAAUGAGGUUGUUGAGGUUAAAAAAAUGUGAAUUAUAUAAACUUAGCAAUAACUAGUGAACCUAUUUAUUGACAGUGUUGUGUAUUUGUACUGGUCAGAGACGCACUGAUACAUCAGCUUACAGCUGAGAAAAGCACAUAUCACAUACUGUAUCAGCUUUAAAAAUGCACCAUGGCUGUUAGGCCAACAAUAGUUCUAGUAUCUGAAAGGAGUUGAGUUAAUGGAGGUUUUGUGAUUUUCUUUCCAGAUUAAGGCACUGCAUACAACUGUCGAAUUACCAAGAUGAUACUUUUAGUAUGUUGCUAAUUUAUUUAUUGCUGUUUUAUGCUGUCAAUCAAUACCAGUGUUUUUAGACUGCUUAUUUACUAUGAGAGGGGCAUGUGGAAAAAAUGUGAUACUUGAUAUUCCAUUCAAAAUCUGAUUAUUGAAGGGUAGAUAAAUGAACGUAUUUAAGUAUCUUCCUAGAAUGGAAGAUACUUGCUAUAUGUACAUUUAGAGGUAAUCGCUGUAAUCAUCAAGUGAUCCCAUCCUUUUUUAAUAUAUUAAAGUAUUCUUGCUUGCAUCUUUACUUGAUAGUUACAAUUAGAGAAGUGUCAGGGAGAAAGAGAAGAGGGAUUACAUGUGACAAGGUCCCCAGUCAGACUUGAACUAGGGACUCUUUGCUUAUUUGGUCAGCUCCAUGGACCACUACUCGCAGUGAUGGCCCAGAACAGUCCUCUCCUAAAGUAACUACACUGCAGCAUGUGGGGGAGAGAAUCCAUUUUCUAUCAGUCUAACUCAGACUGCUGAGGCUUCAUUUCACCUUCAGCUAAACCUGAGAAUGUAUGUAUGCAUAUCUACAUUGAGCGAGUGCUGUGGAUUUUUUCCUCCAUCUCUUAUACUUAGUAAUAGAAAGGGGAUUGCUUCAGGGCAGUAUGGGCAGGAUGAAUGGUUAUAGUGAUUAGUAACUCUUUCAAUGUACAUAUGAUACAUGUAUUAAGAUAGACGGAAAAAAUCCUUUUGUCAAACUCUCACCCACAUAAGUUUGAAAGUUGGCUUUUGUAGCUUGAGUCCUCACAAAGAACAGUAGCUUCAGUCAGCUUGAAUUCAUAUGUUGGUGGUAGUAACCUGUUUACAUGGUGGAAGAUAAGAAAACAUCUGUGGAAACUUCUUAAACUAUUCCUGCAGUAUCAUUCUCAACAUAUUGUGAGUGAGAGUUCCUGUGCACAGGUAUAUAUGAGUGGGGUAUCAAGUCUUUUUUGCAUCUGUUUAUUGGUUAUUGAUAUGGUUUGGAAUAUGUUGGCUUUAGAGAACCAUACUGGUGCAUCUCUAGUUUUGUACAUUGGUUAUUGGUGCACAAUAGUAUGUAUAGGUGUGUCUUUUCAGUGAGUGUAUGUGUUCCCCUUAUGGCUUGUAAUGGAUGUGUUUCCAAUGCCUCUACCGCAGAAAAAAUGUUUUCUGUAUCUGAUUGCACUGUUGGACAUCUUCUACAGACUCUCUCUGGAAACGUCAGUGCACCUUAACAUUGUCAUGACCAUGGCACUAGUUAAGGUGUUCACAGUAACACUGUAAUACUGUACAUAAGCAAGCCAUGUGAACACACAGUUCUGUGGAAAAAUCUGUACACCCCUUUAGUUUUGCACAAUGUGUUGUGUUGCUUUGAGAAGGAAGUACACUAAAGCAUUAGAAAUUUCCAUUAAUUUUAUGAAUGUGUAACAGUUGAAGCCUCUGUGUUGAAUUUUUAUGUGAUCUUUCAAAUUGUUUUCUUGUGAAAAGAAAUGAAACAAUCUGAGUAAAACUGCUACAGUGUGUGUUACUUGGAGCCCAUUCAUCUCAGAUCCAUAGGGCAACGGUUAGCAGGCGUUACUGUCUGUAAGUGUCUUUUUCUUUCUUAUUCUUCUUCUUUUUUUAAAUCAGACACACCCUCUCACAUACAUAAAACUAUAUGUAACCAGGUUAUUGCUAGGGAGUGGGAUUGCAGUGUUACUGCAAAAGGUGAAACAGAAUUGGCCUAUUAAAGCUCAAUAUUAGGCACUAAAUUCACAUAUUCAUGUAAAUGUUAAAUAGCCACUAAUGCAGAUAAAAUCAGUAGCUACUGCCAAGGAAAACAGAAAAUCAUUUCAGACAUUUUGGAACACUGAUAUAAAACUCAAGGGGUGUACAAACUCUUUCACUGUAUACUGUAUAUUAAGUCACUCUUAUGCACUUCUAUUGUUUCCUUAAGCCAAACAAAAAAUGUAUGUUUGAUGUUAACCCAUGACUGUUAGAUGAUUAAAGGUUAUUUCAAACCGAUCUCUGAGAAGAUCAGA